AUGGGAAGUGGUUCGUCUGAAAACUUGACUAUCCGGGAGCGAAUGAUCAGUGCUGGAGUGGGAUCGUUAUUCACUUCGCUCAUUUUAACUCCGAUGGAUGUGGUAAGGAUUCGUUUACAACAACAGGAAAUGCUUCCAGAUUGUUCCUGUAAUGUAGAGCUGCCGAAGGGGAAAGUUAGUGUAGCUGCGAUUCCCAAGAGCGAAACUGUAUUUUGGCAGGAUCCAUGUUUCAAAGAGCUUAAUUGCAAGAGCUCAUCGGUGAGAUUUAAUGGUACAUUGGAAGCCUUCAGUAAAAUUGCACAAAAUGAGGGCAUUUUAACACUAUGGAGGGGGAGUCUCUGUAACACUGUUGAUGGCAAUACCGGCAAAUGUUGUAUAUUUCACGGGUACGAGUACUUGCGAGAUGUCUCACCGAUUGGCAAGUACUAUCCAGCAUUCAAUCCAUUAGUCUGUGGUGCAUUUGCAAGAGUUUUUGCAGCUACUACGGUGGCUCCUUUGGAGCUCUUAAAGACAAGGUUGCAAAGUAUACCGAGAUCCUCAAAAUCUACAUCUACAUGGGUCAUAAUGAAAGAUUUGCUACAGGAAACCAGGAAUGAAAUGGCCACUGGUGGUUAUAGAGUACUUUUCAGAGGUUUGGAGAUUACACUCUGGCGAGAUGUCCCAUUUAGUGCAAUUUACUGGGGUUCCUACGAAUUUUGUAAGAAACAUCUCUAUUUUCAAUUCAGAUCGUCAUCGUUAUCGUCAAAUCAGCAGUCCAAUUGGAAUCAUUUUUUCAACAGCUUCAUCGGUGGAAGUAUAAGUGGUGCGAUUGCUGCAAUUUGUACACAUCCAUUUGAUGUGGGAAAGACAAGAUGGCAGAUCUCAUAUGUUGGAAAGACGCCGCAAUCGACGCUUACCAAACAACCCACUAGGAGGGACAGGAACAUGUUCAGAUUUCUUGACACAAUAAGGCGACAGGAGGGACUGGGUUCGCUGUAUACGGGGCUCUUCGUAAGGGUAGCCAAGAUUGCCCCAAGUUGUGCUAUAAUGAUAUCGAGUUAUGAAAUCUCCAAGAGACUUUUCAGUUCGUAG